AUUUUGUGAGUCCAAUACAAUUCUAGCAUAAGGAGAUAGGUGUACCUAUACGUUUCCAAGCGCGGAACGAGUAUCGAUUCGUUUCUUAAAUUGAAGGGCUUCAAUUUGCAUAAUCUCCACAUAUUUCGCCUUCAGAAAUUUUGCAUCUAUAAAACCCUACUCGAUUUCCCACUUCAUCUCGGCAACUACUACCGUUUUCUUCCCAAAACUAACUCUCUUUUCUUCUUCUUUCGGAAAGUCGAUCGAUAGAAAUGGCAGCAGCUAGGACCGCCGCUAGAAUCUUUUCCCGAAGGUUUUCGAGCGGCGGGAAGAUUCUCAGCGAGGAAGAAAAGGCUGCUGAGAAUAUCUACAUCAAGAAAACUGAACAAGAAAAACUGGAGAAGCUUGCCCGCAAGGGACCUAAACCAGAAGAAAAGCUAGGAGAGUCAGUAGCUGAUUCCGUUCCAAGCAGCAGCUCAGCCUCAGCAUCAGGAGCAUCAUCAACAGAGAAAAUAUCGACUGACAAACAGCGCAAUUAUGCUGUCGUAGCUGGAACUGUAACUAUUCUUGGUGCUCUCGGAUGGUAUCUCAAAUCUAAAAAGAAGCCAGAAGAAGUCCAUGAUUGAGUUAACCAAUGAAGUCAUUUUCAUAUCACUAGCAUCUGAAGCAUGGGAGGUCAGCUUUCUCCUUUCCUCUACAAAAUAAACCAAAAAUUGAGAUGCGUAUGGAUCUUGGUUAAUGAAUAUUUGAUGUUUCUCCUUGAAAAAGGUUUUUUGGCCUUAUUUCUGUUUACUUUCAUGGAAAAUUAACCCUGAGACAGUGACAGGAUGAGACAUACACUGUGACAAAGACUUGGUUUUAUUGGAUUUCAAUUUCACAUUCUCUUCAAGGAUAUUCAGUAAA